GUCCGUCCAGCCACUGGGAUGGCUGUGGCUCGGCUGCUGCUGCUGGUGCUGGUGCUGGCGGUGCCGGGCUGUGGCGGGGAGGAGGUGGAGGUGGUGUGUGCCGACAACGCCUGCUACACCCUGCACCGGGAUGAGAUGGGCUGGAAGGGCGCCCAGGAGCGCUGCCGGCACAACGGCGGCAACCUGGCCAGCGUGGGCAGCCCUGGCGAGGCCAUGCGGCUGCAGGAGCUGCUGGAGGUGGCCGGGGGGCACGGACCGGCCUGGAUCGGGCUGUGGCUGCAGCGGGGGCACUGCGUGCAGCCGCAGGAGCCGCUGCGGGGAUUCUCCUGGGUGGCCGGCGGGGAGCCCGGCAACUUCUCGGCGUGGGCGUCGGAGCCGUCGAUGACCUGCACGAGCGCCCGCUGCGCCAGCCUGCGGCCCCACGGGCCCCACGGCCCCGCAGGCUGGGCCGACCGGCCCUGCCGCCUCCCGCUGCCCGCCUUCCUCUGCAAGUUCAGCUUCCAGGGAAUGUGCGGCCUCCUGCCGCUGGCCGGGCCCGGCCGGGUCACCUACACCACCCCCUUCGGGGUGCGCAGCUCCCGGCUGGCGGCAGCUCCCUUCGGCACCUUGGCGGAGGUGGACUGCGAGGGGGGCCGGAGCCCGGCCUUCGCCGUCUGCAAGGGGCAGCUGGACGGAGGGGGCUUCGCCUGGGACCCCCCCGGGCCCCUGUGCCCCGUGGCCUGCGCCCACCGCAACGGGGGCUGCCAGCACCGCUGCCUGGAGGUGCCCGGGGAGCCCCCGCGCUGCUCCUGCCACCCCGGCUACUCCCUGGCUGCCGACAUGGCCUCCUGCGUGCCCGAGGAUUCCUGCCAUCCCAACCCCUGCCAGGGCACCUGCCGGGCCCGUCCCGGCGGCUUUGAGUGCGGCUGCGAGGCCGGAUACGCCCUGGCCCCCGACGGCCGGAGCUGCCUGGACGUGGAUGAGUGUCUGUCCGGGCCGUGCCAGCACCAGUGUCACAACACUCCCGGGGGCUUCGUGUGCCUGUGCCCGCCCGGCUACCACCCGGCGGGGCCGGGUGGCCUCCACUGCCACGACCUGGACGAGUGUGCCCAGCCCGGGGUGUGCCCGCAGCUCUGCAUCAACGUCCCCGGCUCCUUCCGCUGCGCCUGCCGGCCCGGCUACCAGCGCCAGCCGGGCGGGGAUUCCUGCCUGGAUGUGGACGAGUGCCUGCGGGAUCCCUGCCCCGGGCCCUGCCGCAACCUGCCCGGGAGCUACGAGUGCGUGUGCCCGCCCGGCUUCCUCCCGGAGGAGGAGGAGGAGGGGGGACGCGGCUGCCGCCCCGCAGCCACCGCCGGAGAGGAGCCCGCGGAGGUCUCCGACAGCCCGCCGGGGACCACCGGCGCCCCGCGGAGCACGGGCCCCUCGUGGGCCGCCAGCACCCCGCGCAGCACGGGCCCCUCGUGGACCGCGAGCAUCCCACGGACUCGGGGAAUCCCCGCCGGGGCGACGCCAGCGGCGCCCACGGCGGAGGGUCCGGCCCCCGGCUCCGAGCACAGCGCCGACGGCCCCCGGCUGCUCCUCUACUACAUCCUGGGCAGCCUGGUGGCCAUCCUGCUCCUGCUGGCCUUCGCCCUGGCCCUCGUGGCUUGCAGGAGGAGGGCCGCCAAGAAGGAGAAGCGGCCGGCCAAGAGCGCGGCGGAUAAUUAUUGCUGGGUGCCCGAGCAGCCCGAGAGCCGCGGGCAGGGCGGGGAGCGCAGGUAG